AAUUCCCCCUCGCCGUGGGCCGUGACGUCAGUAUAGGAAGUCAUUGUAGAGCAACACUGGAGCGAUUAGCAGCAAAAAGGGGGAGCCUGAUGUCGAGGAGUCAGCCCUAUGUAUAUCUCUCUAUACGCCUCAACUUUUAACACAAAGUUCAAUAUCCAAACACAAAAAAGGACGUGGACUACGCAGAUCCGCACUUUGCUUUUCCGCAUUUUCACUGAAUGUAACAUCUUGGAGCAUCACAGGUUACCUGAGCGUGGAUUUCGUUCCUCUCCUGGGCUUAUUUAUCAAGUCUUUUCCCCUAAUUUUUUUACGCAUUAACGCAGAGUUAAUUUUGCCAACUUUCUUCUGCUUUGCACCGGAGGAGAAACAUCUCACAGUUGUUAUGAAGACUUCAUCUCUCCUUUCUUAACAUGGAAGGAUCCAGCGGGUCGAGUUUUGGGAUAGACACUAUUUUAUCCAGCGCCUCUAACUCUGGUAACCCCGUGCUAAUGAACGGAGAUUUUCGGCUCGGCGACAGCAGGACAGCGGAUUUCAGGAGCCAGGCUACCCCGUCACCAUGCUCGGAAAUAGACACUGUGGGAACAGCCCCCUCAUCCCCCAUCUCGGUCACCAUGGAGCACGCCGCCGAUCCGCAUCUGGUCCAGGACAGCCUUCAGCAUCACCACCAUCACCACAACCAGGCGCAGGGUUUGCCGCUGUCUCCUCAGCAGCAGCAGCAGCCGCCGCUCGCCGGGGCCGGCUGCGCCCCGAGGACUGCCACCUCUUCGUUUUUAAUCAAAGACAUUUUAGGCGACAGUAAACCGCUGGCAGCCUGCGCACCUUACAGCACCAGUGUAUCCUCACCACAUCACACGCCAAAACCAGAAAGUGCCACGGCUCCGGACGGCUUCAGGCCGAAGUUGGAACAAGACGAAAACAGGAACAAGCUGGACUCUAGAGACGACAUUCAAAGUGAAAUGAAAUGCAAAGGGACUAAAGAGGAAGGCGACCGGGAAAUCUCCAGCAGCAGAGACAGUCCACCGGUGCGCACGAAAAAACCUCGCAAAGCACGGACAGCCUUUACCGACCACCAGCUCAACCAGCUGGAGAGGAGCUUCGAGCGACAGAAAUACCUCAGCGUGCAGGACCGCAUGGACCUGGCCGCGGCUCUCAACCUGACAGACACACAAGUCAAGACGUGGUACCAAAACAGACGGACGAAGUGGAAGAGGCAAACGGCGGUGGGAUUAGAGCUGCUGGCUGAAGCAGGAAACUACUCGGCCUUACAGAGAAUGUUCCCGUCGCCCUAUUUCUACCACCCGAGCCUGCUGGGCACCGUGGACAGCACGACGGCAGCCGCGGCAGCCGCAGCCAUGUACAGCAGUAUGUACCGGACUCCUUCCACGCCGCAUCCAAGCCUCCAGAGACCUCUUGUCCCGAGGGUGCUCAUUCAUGGCCUUGGGCCGGGGGGACAACCGGCGCUAAACCCCCUGUCUAACCCCAUGCCCGGCACACCGCACCCACGAUAGAGAAAAAAGCGGAGAGAAAAAUAAGACGCUGACCAGAAACCUGGUUGAACACGUGAUGUGAGUAACUGCAUCGGAACCGCAUUGCUGGGACCCCCUAAAAGACACAUUUAAAGACAUUUCACAGAAGUAAAGGAGGUAUUUAAUAUAGGUCCGAAUAGCCUAAGCCCAGCCCUAAAGACUUUCUGUCUGGGCCGAGACAGACCACAUGGACUGAUCAUGUCUGAUUGUUUGUUUGUUUGUCUUUUGUACAAAUACACCUACAUUAGCAAAUAAACUUAUAAAGUUUAUUAGAUGGAGCCGAAUGAAUGAAUAAAGAAGUAAUGAUACUAAUUGAAUUGCAGUCUAAAUUUUAUUUAAUGCAAGCCUUGCUCAGAAGAGGAUUCCAAAACCUGUAGACUAUUAAAGUGAACGAAUUAUUUUGAAAGAACGAUUAUAAAAAACGAACAAUUAUAAAAAACAGUUUAUAUCACAUUUUUUUAAUUUUAAUAUUUAAAAUAAAAUUAUAAACAUG